AUGGAAGAAGUAAACAAUGUCACUGAAUUCAUUUUCUGGGGUCUUUCUCAGAACCCACAGGUUGAAGAAGUAUGCUUUGUUGUGUUUUCCUUCUUUUACAUCAUCAUUUUGCUGGGAAAUGUCCUCAUCAUGUUGACAGUUUGCACUGGCAGUCUUUUCAAGUCCCCCAUGUAUUUUUUUCUCAACUUUCUAUCUUUUGUGGAUAUUUGCUACUCCUCAGUCACAGCACCCAAGAUGAUUGUUGACCUGUUAGUGAAAAAAAAGACUAUAUCCUAUGUGGGGUGCAUGUUACAACUCUUCGGCGUUCAUUUCUUUGGUUGCACUGAGAUCUUUAUUCUUACUGUCAUGGCCUAUGAUAGAUAUGUGGCCAUCUGUAAACCCCUCCACUAUAUGACUAUUAUGGACAGAGAAAGAUGCAAUAAGAUGUUGCUGGGAACAUGGGUGGGUGGUUUCUUCCAUUCUAUUAUCCAAGUGGCUCUGGUGGUCCAGCUUCCCUUUUGUGGACCCAAUGAGAUUGAUCAUUAUUUCUGUGAUGUUCACCCUGUACUGAAACUUGCCUGCACAGACACCUACACUGUUGGUGUCGUUGUGACAGCCAACAGUGGUACCAUUGCAUUGGGCAGUUUUGUGAUCUUGCUGAUCUCCUAUACAGUCAUUCUCAUGUCUCUGAGAAAGCAGUCAUCAGAAGGGAGGCGCAAAGCUCUAUCCACUUGUGGAUCUCACAUUGCUGUUGUCAUCAUUUUUUUUGGGCCCUGUACUUUCAUGUAUAUGCGACCUGACACUACCUUCUCUGAGGACAAGAUGGUAGCUAUAUUUUACACCAUUAUCACCCCCAUGCUGAAUCCUCUGAUUUACACUCUAAGAAAUGCAGAAGUAAAGAAUGCAAUGAGAAAACUGUGGACUAGAAAGGUUUCCUGGGACACUAUUGGGAAAUAA